AUGGUCAAAGACGACAACGACGUCUCCCCAAUAGCCCAAUUGGACGAGAGUCACAAUGGCUCAUGGCAUCCGCUCGAGCCGUUCGAAGUUGGGCGCCCACCGGAAGAAUGGGGCACCAUCAGCUUUGACGACCUCGGCUUCAAUUGGCCAGAUCACCUGAUGCAGGGUGAAAGCGACCACCAGCCUGCCUUAGCAGCAUCACCCAACACCAACACAGCCCUGGACUUCGAGCUGGUCAAUGCAUUGCAGCCGAAUGAUGAGGCUCUAGCCAAGCAUGAAAAUACACAAACUCGCAAGAGAGAAGCCGAAGAGCCGCCCGACUUGGCAGGGUUGCCACAUCGCUUUCGCCCUGAACAAUCGCGCCCGUCAAUCACCAUCCAAUCACACUCAGAUUCAAGCAUCAGCCGCAAAAGUAGCACCCCGAGUAGCACAUUGAACCUCACGCCUGGCUCAUCUUCAGCCAGUCCUUGGACUCUUACCCGCCAUGGCUUAGAGAGUUUCGAGCCUCACCCUGCCCCCCAUAACUUCCUAUCAAGCACUUGGGGAAUGGAGAGCCUUGAUGCGCCAAGAUCAGAGAACGAAUCCCACACCGACUAUUCACUUCUUUCGGCUGACACCCGCACCGUCAUGGGUAGUUAUGACAUCAGUGAGCAGGAGCUUGGAGAAUCACCUUGGGCAUGGUUGCGAGACACUGGCCUCACAGAUGCCCAAUCUGGAGUACAGUCACUCACCAAUGAGCCUAACAACUCCUUCCUAUUUGUGCCUUCAGAUCAGGCCAUAGAGGCCUCACAUUCUGCACCUGCUUCUACAACCAGGGGAUCCUCCUUGAUAAUCCCGGUGUGCUUACCACCGUCUCUCAAUCAGGCUCCGCUGGGGGUGCUCCCAGACUUGGGGACACAGGAUCGCCAGCCAGCUAAGCGCAAGCGUGAUAAGGACGAUGCGGAGAGCCGCACACAGACGAGACAGGUUCGAGACAUGGGGGCGUGUUUGAGAUGCAGGAUCUACAAGGAAAAGUGCGACCUCAAUGUGCCCUGUGGCCGUUGCGUCCAGGUUGCUGGAAGCGUAAAGCUGUUCAGGCAGCCCUGCCAAAGGGUUGAUCUCACCGACGUCAUUCCUUUCCGGACCGGAAACGCUCGUGUGGGCCAAACAAACUCGGUGUUCCCGAAGCUGCUAUGGUCUGUCGAGAGCCCCAGCCGGACCACCUUCGUCACCCACUUCGUUGAAGGGGUUGACGUGGACUUACUCCCGAAGCUGAAGCUCAUGUGUCGGAAAUUCUCCCCGACACAUGACGAUGUCUUGUUUGAACAUUACGAGGACGCAGAUGGCAAAGUUAUGGUGGUUGCAUGUCCCCCUGUCGCAUGUAUUAAUAUCGCAACUCAAAGGACAAAGCGAGGACUUGAGGAAUACAUGCAAAAAAUCUGGCCCUUUGCGGUAAGAGAGAUGCUAGCUACCUUGAAAGAUGAGAUUUACCGUCAAGGACUCGCUGAAGCAAACCGCCUUGCUUCUCUCGGUUCUAACCCGAUCCCGAUGCUCCAGAAAGCACUCGAGAUCCUUGCCUGCGUCCAUCUAAACUUUGAUACUCCCAUCCUGGUGGGCGAUACACUUAAUGUGCCAAUCUUGAGGGAUAAGAGAUCGCCCAUUCAGGGGAGAUACCCAGUCCCCUCUGUAUUGGAUUUUCAACUAGACACGCUUUGCAUCCAUCACAUGCAGAAGCUGAUGAAAGCUGUGUCACGCGCUCUCAAAAAGGUCAUCUUUUCUAAAGAAAGGCAGUCUCGCUGGUACGAGAUUUUUCUAACCAUUUUUGUACUACUCGUUUCGAUAGAACAGGUAUACUUGGCGCAAUGCGAGUACCUGAGGGGCGCCAACAUCGCAACCGAUGGAGUCAACAUUUUUGCCCAAGCCUCGCCUGUUACCAAUCAUAUGCUUGGCUUGUGGAGGGCGUCGGCCAAGUACCUUCUGUAUCAUUAUCGAUGCGUCAUGAAGGGAACCGUUCCAUUUUCAUCCUCCUUCAAUUUGAAGGAUGAAGGAUAUGCACUUCUGGACACCGAGGCUAUGAAGUACAUUCGAAACACGGCUGUUCUGGUACGCGAAAGAGAGGUGGAGUUGAAUGCCCUCAGGGAUAGAGACCUUGACAACAUUUCAGUGAAACCAUUGUCGUGGAUUUCUGAACUCUUUCUAGAUUGA